AUGCCGUGGAAGUUAUCUACAGAUACGUCUCCGGAGGCAACGAAUCGGCCGCCAUUGACAUCGCAGCAAUCGAACUCCCUGCCGUCCACUCCGUAUCAACAUGCGCGGAAAAUUUCUUUCCACUCCAGGUCACCCUCGCCUCCCCACGGAAGCACCUCCCCUCGAUCUACUCACUCCGAAUCCACCCAUCUCCCUCCGUCCCUGCGAAAACAAUUCUCGGGCUGCAAAUAUGAAACUGCCAUGGCCUUCUUCCGCCGAAGAAUACCAUAUUCCUUGGGUGCCGACCUGCUGCCGGAGGAUAAGGAGGGCCUCAAGGAGCGGUUAGAGCCGGAGGAGGACAAAAGACUUAGUGCGGAUAUGUUGGAGGUAUAUGACCGACUACUGCCGUCAGCAGAGAGUGACGAUCGGCGACGUCAAUUGGUCCGCAAGUUGGAAAAGCUCUUCAACGACCAGUGGCCGGGGUGUAACAUUAAGGUUCAUGUUUUUGGUUCUUCAGGGAAUAAGCUUUGUUCAAGUGACUCGGACGUGGACAUCUGUAUAACUACUACUUAUAAGGAGCUGGAGCACGUGUGUCUAUUGGCAGAGGUGCUGGCUAGGCAUGGCAUGGAACGAGUCGUUUGCGUCUCGCAUGCGAAAGUGCCCAUUGUGAAGAUUUGGGACCCGGAGCUGCGUUUAGCGUGCGACAUGAACGUCAAUAAUACCAUGGCGCUGGAAAACACGCGAAUGGUCCGGACGUAUGUAGAAUUGGACGACCGCGUGCGGCCAUUGGCCAUGAUAAUCAAGCAUUGGACCAAACGGAGGAUACUGAACGAUGCCGGGCUCGGAGGCACGUUGAGUUCCUAUACGUGGAUUUGCCUGAUAAUCAAUUUCCUACAAACACGAGACCCGCCAAUCCUGCCGAGCCUCCAGGCUCGCCCCCACAAAAAGAAACUGACCGCUGAUGGGAUAGUUUGCUCAUUCGACGAUGACCUCGAUUCUCUUGUCGGUUAUGGGCGCAAGAACAAGCAAAGCCUGGGAGAGUUACUUUUCCAUUUUUUUCGGUAUUACGGCCAUGAAAUCGACUACGAAAGACUUGUUGUAUCUGUUCGCGAGGGCAAGCUAUUGUCGAAGGAAGCGAAAGGUUGGCACCUGCUGCAGAAUAACCGUUUAUGUGUAGAAGAGCCGUUCAACACGUCACGAAACUUGGGGAACACAGCAGACGAUACGUCCUUUCGAGGGGUCCAUAUGGAGCUACGCAGGGCUUUCCAGGCCGUCUCCGAAGGUAACCUGGAGCACUGCUGUGAACAGUACGAGUAUCCGGCCGAGGAAGAACGCUCGUGGGAGAGACCGCCCCCCCAACCGCGACCGGUGAUCACUGCAGCACCGCCACCGUCUCGAGGAGGUCGUGGUGGUGGUCGCGGUGGACGGCAUUCAAAUCAAUUCUCCCGGGGAGGACACUCCGGUGGGCGUCGGGCCUCAAAUACGCCGAACAAGUCCAAUAAUUUCCGCCAACCCAACGGUAUGACCGCCUCUGAAUUAUCUUUGCAGGCGCAACACGCUCAGUACCUAUUGCAUGACCAUCUCUACCAGCAAAUCCAGAUUCUCCAGGCCCAGGAGCAAGAACUGCGACUCCAACUACAGAACCAAGCGUUACUCACCGGGAGGCCGCCCCCUGUUCUCAUUCGCCAACCGUUCAUUCAAUUCCCAAUGCCUCAGCAACAGGAGACCUCUAGCGACGAUAACUCUCGAUCCAGGUCUGGAACGGUGAAUCACCCGCCUCAUAACACCUCGAUCCGCCAGCACGUCUAUUACAGCAGCCCGUAUCUCCCCGUUGCAGUGCCUGGAGUACAGGGAAGUAACACAAAUCCACCAUCGCCUUCCGCCACUGCUGCCAUGCCGGACCUUCGGCGUAGUCCACGUCGGUCAUCCGUGGCCAAUGGAUCCCCGGGGGGGUCGCUCCGAGCACACUCACAGCCGGCUCGGACAGUGAAUUCUCUUCCAAGUUUUGCGCCGCUAUAUUCGAUCUCUCAGCUUGCGGACAGCUCACCGGGAUCGAAACCACGCAACACGCCGGGUUCUCCUGACGGCACGCAGAGCGACGAGAACAAUACCUUCAUGCCGAGUAGCCUUCCCAACGUGUCCCGCUCCACAUACUUCGAUGAAAGUCGAUCAAAUGAGUAUAUGGGGUACUACCUUGCGACCUCGCCGCAGCUACAGACCUAUCACCAGAACGCCCUACUGUCAUCUUUGUCGUCUCCAGUAGGUAUGGCACUGCAAAAUGGUGGCAUCAUGCCAUUUAUUGGUAACCCGCAAGAAUAUAUGCCAUCAAUGCCAACUGAACCGAGCGGCCAAGCCUCGGAUAGCGGCACUGCACUCCCCACGAACCUUGGGUCAACACCACGGCGUACAACUUCCCGAUCGGCCGCGUCGGGUGAUCGCGGUGGUCCUUUGAUUGUGGAUGGCUCCGUGCCCCCUAGUGAACAGCGUCUCUCGAUAUCUGCGGAAGGGUAUGACCCGUACACGAGCAUGAGCCACUGUACGUCGAACUCGGAUGAUCUUAAUAUGGAUACGCCUGCCAGUGUUUCAGAUUCCUUCUCUCAGGACUAUCAAGACAAUAGUUCAGUCGAGAUUGACCAGGCACCCUACUUUGGUCGACAGGGGGUUGAUACGUAUCCUUUGGGGAAAACGGCAGACGUUUAUGUUAAUGGACACGGCGGGAAGCAUAGUCUACUUUCGAGCCGUUUGCAGAGCCUUCACCUCUCAAAUGCUGAAAAGACCCCCGAGUCUUCGUUGAAGAAUGGAUUUGAGAAGCCAAAGAUGCUCCACAUCCACCAAGAAGCUGCCGAUAGAGACAAUCCUCGUCAAAGGCCGGUGAAUGCAGCGGAAAAGGGGGUGACCGUCUCUGGACCAUUGCCCGUGGUGGACUCACAUCCUACAUCCAGUGGGAAACGGCGUCCUAAUGGCGUGGAUGCGUCUGAACGGGUUAACGGCGUUGCGCAUAAAACAAAGUCCAAGAACCACAACACGUCCGUUGGCAUGCCCGAUAACGAGAAACGCCACGCUGUUCCUCAGCCGCGAAAGCCGAACGGUGUCAAUUCAACACAGGACUCUGCUGUUACUCAUGCUGGUAGUGGUACUUGGCAGACCACCAAGAGGAAGCCGAAGAAAAAUGGUAAACAUUCAACAGAGCACAGGCAUGGCUUGAACAAUGGCGCGGAGCCACUGCCAGCGGACGAAUCAUUAAGAAAAGGCGGCUGA